UCGCUCUCCUCACUUGUCCACCCUGCAGCGCAUCUUCCUCCUCCUGUUCAGGUACCAGGAACCGUGUCGGGGCCCCUGAUCAGCACCUCGGAGAGCGCUCCUUUCCUGGUGCGCACCGCGAUUUCGGAGAUAGAUUUAUCCUCGGAUCUGUUUUAGUCAACCAGUUUUUGGUUGAUUUGAGCAGGAUUUUUUUCCUGUUAUUUUUUCUUUUAAAUCGAUAUACCGUCCGCUGCGCUUUUACGCGUCAGGUUAAGAGACAGGUGCGCUUUUAUAUCCGCACUGCUUCACAAAGUUAGAGACGCAAACAAAGACAGGGAUAGAAAAUAGUUAAAAAACAACAGAAAAAAAAUCAGAGGAAGAAAACAGGAGAGAGAGAGAGAGAGGGAGAGAAAGAGAGAGAUACACCCCCUGGAGAAUAGUUCAGUGAGCCGGCCCCCGGCCUGAGAGAAGGAGAGAGAGAGUGAGGGAGUGAGGGAGUGUUUUAAAGCCGGCAGGAGGCAUGAUGUCCUACAUUAAGCAGCCCCAUUACGCCGUGAACGGGUUAACGCUGUCCGGCCCGGGCAUGGAUCUGCUCCACACCGCAGCCGUGGGAUAUCCCAGUACGCCACGUAAGCAGCGUCGGGAACGCACCACAUUUACGCGCGCGCAGCUGGACAUCCUGGAGGCUCUGUUUGCCAAAACUCGAUACCCAGACAUCUUCAUGAGGGAGGAGGUGGCUCUGAAGAUCAACCUGCCUGAGUCUAGAGUUCAGGUUUGGUUCAAGAACCGCCGUGCCAAAUGCCGCCAGCAGCAGCAGCAGAGCACAGGCCAGUCCAAACCACGGCCUCCUAAGAAGAAGGCCUCCCCGAGCCGAGAGGCGCCCUCAGAGGCCAGUGCCAACCCAACCAAUGGACCCUACAGCCCCCCUCCUCCGCCCCCAGGCACAGCCAUCACCCCCAGCUCCAGCUCCGCCAGUGCCACCGUCUCCAUCUGGAGCCCAGCCUCCAUCUCCCCGCUGCCGGAUCCCCUGUCAGCCUCCACCACGCCCUGCAUGCAGCGCACCUCCACCUACCCGAUGACCUACACCCAGGCCCCGGCCUACAGCCAGAGCUACGCGGGCUCCUCGUCCUACUUCACCGGGCUGGACUGCAGCUCCUACCUGUCCCCCAUGCACCCGCAGCUGUCUGGCACCGGAGGGGCCCUUAGCCCCAUCACGGCCUCCUCCAUGGGAGGGCCCCUCAGCCAGUCCCCCGCCUCGCUCUCCUCGCAGGGCUACACGGCCGCCUCUCUGGGCUUCGGAGCCGUCGACUGUCUAGACUACAAAGACCAAGCGGCCUGGAAACUCAAUUUCAACGCUGCUGACUGUCUGGACUACAAAGACCAGAACUCCUGGAAGUUCCAGGUCUUGUAA